AUGUCAAGCUGGCCGCCCGGCCUCGAUCAGAUGCCUGGUGUCACGUCCGACGACAGCUUCAGCAUACGCCUACGCAACGCAUUCGAUUCUGGCAGCUACUCCGACUUGACCGUCAUCUGCAAGCAACGCAAGUGGAAAGUCCACAGGAUGCAAUUGGUCCAGCAUUCGCCGGUCUUCGAGGCGAUGGUGAAAGGACUGUCCAAGGGAGAGGCCACGCUCGAGCUCAAAGACGACGAUCCUGAUGCUGUCAACCACAUGCUGCGCUACAUGUACCACUUCUGCUACAACUUCUCGAGAGAGCGGACCACUAUCGUCGAGAACAUGCGCGUCCACAAGGUCGCCAACAAGUACCAGAUUCCAGGCCUCGCCAAAGAAGCUUGGUUCCGAUACGGAAUAUCCAUGGUUGUCAUGCCACUCGCCGAAUUCAUUACCGGCGUCAAAGAGGCUUACGGGGCGGACGGCUAUGACGAGUUCCGCAAGUCCUUCCUCUGA